UAUUCUCCACUGUAGAGAUUCACUGGAGAAGCCUGGAGAUAAAACGGAAAAUGAUUUGGUGAAAAUUAUACAGAAAUUCAGCUUCAAAUCUCUUCAUGUAGGCGCUCGACUACUGUUUAACAGUUGUUUGGGCUUCAGGGCGGCUGUGCAGCUGUUCAGCUUGGUGAGCGACCGACAGUACAUUGCAGGUGUUAGACGGUGUUUCCCUGAUGUCUGCUGAGGCCUCCGGUGGAAGUGUGGUGUCAGAGAACAGCCUGGCACCUCCAUCUCCCAACCAUGGCCUUGGGCAGAAGAUCGGGGGUGGUCUGGCUGGCAGCAAGUAUGUGAAGUUGAACGUGGGGGGAUCCCUUCACUACACCACUGUCCAGACCCUCAGCAAGGAGGACAGUCUACUUAGGAGUAUGUGUGAUGGAAGCACGGAAGUCAGCAUAGACUCUGAAGGUUGGGUUGUGCUGGACCGCUGUGGACGUCACUUCCCCCUGGUACUGAACUUCCUGCGGGACGGAACGGUGCCGCUGCCUGAGAGCCAAAGAGAGCUGGAGGAGGUUCUCAAAGAAGCACAGUACUACAGACUGCAGGGCCUGAUCCAGCACUGCCUCUCCACUCUACAGAAACGCAACGAGACCUAUGAAGGAGGCUGCCGCAUUCCCAUGAUCACUUCUGCCAAGGAGGAACAGAGGAUGAUUACCACCUGUAGGAAGCCUGUGGUGAAACUGCAGAAUAACCGAGGGAACAAUAAAUAUUCCUAUACAAGCAACUCUGAUGACAACUUGCUGAAGAACAUUGAGCUGUUUGACAAGCUCGGCCUGCGCUUUAACGGCAGAGUGCUGUUCAUUAAAGACGUGCUUGGAGACGAAAUCUGCUGCUGGUCCUUCUACGGAGAAGGACGAAAGAUUGCAGAGGUUUGCUGUACCUCCAUCGUCUACGCCACAGAGAAAAAACAGACCAAAGUUGAGUUUCCAGAAGCUCGCAUCUUUGAGGAAACCCUGAACAUCUUAAUUUAUGAGAAUGGACGAGCCUCUGGUCACGGAGGAAUGGCUCUGCUGGAGUCCGGCGGCGUCUCGUCUCCAGGUGUGGGCCAGUCUGAGGAGGACGGGGCUGGCGUAGGGGGUGGAGACAGAAGGGUGAGGCGGAUCCAUGUGCGGAGACACAUUAUGCACGAUGAGAGGGGACACGGACAGCAGACUGUGUACAAGGACUGAGAGAGAAGAUAAGUAGAAUGAGGAGAUGUGGAGAUGUAGAAUGAAGGAAUAGGAUACAGGUACUAUAACUGGAAAUUACGUCCACGGUCAUUUUGAGGUUGAAACAAAAAAGAUGGAUGAAUGGAGAGAAAAGCAUGGCAUGAAUGGAGGAGGGAGUAAAAUUUGGUACGCUAACACUGCACUGAAGGUGGGGUGGGGGUUUAUAUGGACUUGCUUCAAAAUGAUCCCAAAUGAGCCACAGUGUGGUUUCGCUUUAUUUGUCUUAUUAUUAUUAUUGUUAUAAUUAUUUUUGAGGAUGAAGGUACAUGUCAUUCAGUUUUUUUAGUUGUUUUUGUUUUUUAUUUAUUAUUUCAUUAAUUUAUUGUCCAGAUUUUUCACAUUUUUCACUUUGUAAAGGUACAUGUGAAAUAAGUUAUUGCUUUAUGUGUGUGUGGAAGGAAGAGUAUGGGGUGUAUUGUGCACCUAAUAGUGAAAUGCGUUGUUGUUGUAUGCAGAAAGUGGUACUUAGAAGUGACCCAUACUUGACUGAUGUAUGAUGUGUGUUCUUACUGGACUGUGUGCCAUCCUCAACCUACUCUUUUGUAAAUUGUUUUGUUUUUUUUGUUUUUUUUUUUUACUAAAUUUUUAAAAUGUGAGAGAUCAUCAGAUCAUUGUAAGAUGACAGACUGUUGACAGUCAUACUUAUCCGGCCAUAUUGCAAUUAAUAUUGCAGUAUUAAGUCUUAGGUUAGCUGUAGGUGAACAUCUAACGUCUCAAAGACGUGCUGGGGCUUCACUUGUCUAUGGCUAUGUUCAGACUAUAAGCUCAAAUGUGAGAGAUUGUAUCUAGAUGGAUUUUUAAUAGGUCUGGACAGCCAGAAACAUUUUUCUGCUAAAUAUACACAUUAAGAGGUGGUUUAAAAUGAAAUAACUAUUGGAUUUGUACAGAUGCAUUUCAGUCUGUACUCUCUGAAUGCUCAAAUCGGAUUUCAAGAUAUUAUUUGCAUCACGCACCAUAUGACAAACAAUGACCUCAUAAAAUCCAGAGGGAGAAAAGUGUGGGGGUCAAAAAAAAAUCCCUAAAUAUUACCUAUUGACGUUGACCUCAAUACCACACCAUCCCAUGCAGAUAUGUUUGUGAUGUCCAGACAUACAAAUCCAUUCUGAUCACCUGCAAAUAACAGCGUGGACAGUGAUCUCAACAGAUCUGAUUUGAGAAAAAAUACAAUUUACCUGCAGUCUGAACAUAGCCAUUGAGUGAUAUCUCUUUAUGGACAUGUUCUUAAAGUGGUGAAUUCUACCACUGUGCUGUCUUAAUAGUGGUCCAGUCAGCCAGCUUUGCAAUACACACAUUCUAACAGCUGGUUGAUUUCACUUAGAAACGUAGAAACUUACAUUGUAGAUGUUUAUUUCCUUUUCUUGCAUGCUUUAAACCAACCAACCAAACAACUACAAAAAACAACAAGCCUAUGAGCCACUCCCCAAGCUUGCCCAUAAUCUAUGUGAAUAAUAAAAACACCUAAUUACAUAUUUAGUAACAUAUUUAGCAACUUAUUACAUCAAUUAUUCAUUUAAGUACCAAAGCUGUUGGAAGCUAACUGUGUUACACUGAUGUGACUAUAGCAUAGGUUCUAAUGUGCUGUUCAAGCAGGGACCCAUUAAACCAAGAAAACACCAAGGACAAAUGCACAAAUGUUUCAUAUGUAUCCAAAACAAAGGCUUACAUUGUCUUCUGUCACAACAAGUGAGUGACUAAAAGCUUUGCUCUGUUGUGUAUGUGAUAAUAAUGAGGACGCGGUUUUUGUUUAAGCCAAAAGAAGCAAGAACCUGCUUUGGAGUCAUUGUAGAUAAACAACAGUUUAUUUAAGAGUAUCUCAUUGACUGUCAAUGAUUAUAUAAAGGUAAAAGCCAACUGCUCACCUGCUGAACAUGCCACAGUGCUGUAAAAAAGAAUUGUACUAGACCCAUGUCCAAUUGAGCAAAUGUUUUAACUGACUAAGAACAUAGCCACUGCUCACACUUAAAAACACUCACUCCACUCACCUGAACCUAAAAAUCAGACAUAAAUCUUAACAACAGUAUUGUCAGAGAUUUUACACCACUUUCUAAGUGUUUGGCACCUUAACAUCUUUCUGGUAUUAUUAUGCCGUCCAUAAAUAUUAAUUGUUGUUUUAUCCACAGGUUCACUAAUAAAAAAUCUUUUUUUUUACA